AUGCGUCUCACAACCUUUUUCAUAACGCUAUGCGCAUUCUAUCUCCCACUAAUCUCGGCCUGGACCUUCACCUGGACAAACGAUGACAACAAACCUAUCGUUGAAAAAGGCACCAGCGCAUUGAAUUGCAGGGAGAUUGACAAUGCAAAAGGCAAAAAAUUCGAAUUCGACCCCGAAGACGAUCAUGUUCUCAUCGCCAUGUACGAGUCGACCAAGUGUACAGGCGAUACCGCCGAGGCAGCCGAGGACGAAUUCGCGAAGAACUCGACAGUCCGGCUUCGGGGGUACAAGGUUAUUGAUCUAGGGCCGAAUAUGACCACUAGUGAUAAGCUCACGCCGUUCCCUGGAGCAGAAUGGUUCAAGGACUCUCCCAACAGCCCCAUCGUGACUGCCAUGGGAAAGAGACUGGUGGCCGAAGGCUGUGGGAAGUACAGCGUGGGACCGAGCCCGCUGUGGUCCGAGGUAGAUCGGAAGUCCUACCAGUGUUGGCAAGAGAAGCUUGGGUUUACCGGUGAUGAUGCCGACGGUUGGCCAGGGCAGGUGACUUGGGAUAAACUCAAGGUUCCCUUGACGGAGGAUAAAGACGGAGAAAAAUCCUCUACCACGAAGGCGCCGUCUAGUACGAGUGCCAGUUCCGCAACGCCGACAAGUUCGAGUACCAGUACAGGAACUCCGACGCCGACAACUACGCCAGUUCCGGAUACAGAUACCUCCUCAGGGUCGUCGUCAUUGGGCGGAGGGGCGAUCGCUGGGAUUGUUAUAGGCGUUUUGGCCGGGUUGGGACUUGUUGGAGCCAUAGCCUUUUUCUUGCGGCGGAGAAACCGCCGCUCUGCUCUGGCGUCUGGAGCUGAAGCGCCACGGGCAGAUACAGAGGGCAGUGGUGGCAUGGCAGUAGGAGGAUCAAUGAAUUCGCCGAUGGAGAAGCUGCCUGCGGAGGCUGAGGCGAUCCCUGCAAAGAUUCAAGAGAAGAAGUAUGCUGCUGAGCUUCCGGGAGACACGACGCCGGCGGCGUUGAGCGAUGGGAAGGUCUUUGAAUUGGGAGACAGUCGGAAAUAG